CAUCGGGUCUCCAAGUACGCCUGCUAUCUGGUGGUGAGAAGAAGAUGGCGAAGCGCAAGUCGAUGAGCUCCAAGAUGGCUCAGCGGAAGAAGCCGGCGCCCAAGCUGGAGACCACCUUCUCCUGCCCAUUCUGCAACCACCCCGGCGGCGUGUCCUGCACCAUCGACCUCAAGCUCUUCGUCGCCACCGCCGUCUGCUACGUCUGCCAGGAGGUCUACCACACAACCGCGCACUACCUCACCGAGCCCGUCGACGUCUACCACGACUGGAUCGACGCCUGCGAGAUGGCCAACCAAGGCGUCGAACUCCAAGCCCUGGACUACCAGAAACCACAGCGGCGAGUCGGCAGCGACGACGACGACAACGAUGCCUGAUCGGUCGAGAUGGCUUUCAUGGAGAUCGAUAAAACCUCAACUUCAUCUUGAGUAGUUUGAUGUUAGAUCGUGUCUCUCGAGUUUCCGCGGGUUGGAGCGUGUACUUCUCCUCUACCUCUGCUGCUGCGUAAUCUGUAGCUCAUGAGUUCUGAUCAGACCCUGUACUGAAUCUGUGACUGGUGGUAUACAUUUGCCUUGUGAGCGAGAUAUACAUUUUAUGACAAAACUAGCUAGCUUUUAUGAGAAAAAUAAUUACACUGAUGAAUAAGAACAAAGAAAGAUACGCCAUCAAACAAACUAUUUGCGACUUUUUCAGAGUGAAAAUAGGUGAAAGAAAAACAAGA